AUGUCUGGCCUUAAAAAUGGCUUGUUAAUUAUAACAUGCUUAUCAAAAUUGCCAGCAUCGCUAUCAGUAGCUAGUAAAAGAAUCGUCAACAAUCUUUACAUUCAUUAUCAUCCCAAUGAGCCAUUGAAAUACGAUAAAUUUAGCAAAACACUGUUAAGUAUCUACACAAGCUCUAUUGAGAUAUGUGGGAACAUUGAUGUUCGUGUUCUCGUAUCGACUAUUAAAAAUAAAAGCAACAUCAUCGCAAGAUUAGACAAAAUGGAUUUAAUUCUUGUCGAUCAAAAUGAAUAUAAGCCUGAUAAGGUUUUAUCGUCGCUGAGAUUGACCUCUGAUACAAUCGAAUCACUGCUUGACGAUUCAAAUCCAUGUUACAAUAGUGUGGUUCUUGGUGGAACAUUCGAUCGUCUUCAUGUCGGUCAUAAGAUUUUAUUAUCAGAAGCUGCCCUUCGAGCAAAGAAACGAUUAGUUGUAGGUGUCACUGACGUCAACAUGAUAACAAGUAAAAAACUUCCUGAGCUUGUCUUACCAUUACAACAACGUAUGGAUGAUGUUAGAGCGUUCUUGAAUGAUAUUGAUCACACAUUAACUUACGAGAUCGUUCCAAUUCAAGAUCCAUUCGGUCCUACAGCUACCGAACCGGAUCUUGAUUUGAUUGUUGUCAGUUCAGAAACAAUGAAAGGUGGCGAGAAAGUUAACGAAAUUCGUCGCGGGAAAAACUUUCGUGAACUUGAAAUUUAUAGCAUUCCAUUAGUUGAAGUGAAACAAGUACUGAAAGAGAAAGAACAAAAAGUCAGCUCAUCGAAUCAACGAAUGGACAUUUUAGGAAGUCAAUUUAAGGAGCCUUUUCCACGAUCACAUCUUCCUAAAAGACCUUACAUUAUCGGCCUCAUUGGUGGCAUUGCGUCAGGGAAAAGUAAGAUGACUGAGAGAUUCCAAAAAAUGGGUGCUGGUGUCAUUGAUUGUGAUAAGUUGGCACAUUCUUUGUAUGAACCUGGUGAAGAAUGCUAUCAAUCUAUGAUUGAUGCAUUCGGCAGUGAAAUCGUAGAUAGCGUUAACAGAAUCGAUCGUAAAGUUCUCGGUGCAAUUGUGUUCUCUAACAAGGAGAAACUUCAAUUACUCAAUGGAAUUGUUUGGCCUAAUUUAUUGAAGAAAGCUAAACAACGCGUGAAAGAAUUGCAUGAGAAGGAAGGAAAGGAAAUCAUAAUUCUUGAAGCUGCCGUUCUUCUUCAAGCUGGCUGGGAAACGGAAUGUCACGAGAUUUGGUCAUGCAUCAUUCCAUCAGAAGUCGCUACGAAACGUAUCAUGGAACGCAAUAAUCUUUCAGAAGAAGAAGCCAAAGCAAGAAUUGCAUCACAAAUGAGAAAUUUUCAAGUUGUUGAUCACUCAAAUGUCGUAUUUUCAUCAUUGUGGAGUUACGAAUAUUCACAAGAACAAGCAGAGAAAGCUUGGAAUGAAUUACUUCGUCGAUUAGAAAUUUCUCCUUCGAAAUUUUAA